AUGACUGGAUGCCGAAGUGCCCAAGACCGCCGGCACUGCGAGAUGAUGGUCCGAGAGAUAUGUCUGUUGCAGGCACUCAAUGAUGAUCAUGUGGUACCAAUGAUUGAAGCAUUCAGGCACCAGGGUCACGUUCAUAUGGUGUUCCCAUUGAUGCGGUGCAAUCUUUACAGAUAUCUGGAGCUAAACGGUGGAUCCUUAACAAUAACCAACCUAACUUUAUCUGUUCAAACCUUGGAAAAAAUUCUAAAGGUAUUAAGAGGACUGAACUAUGUACAUAGCCAGAAUAUUGUGCACCGCGACGUCAAGCCAGAAAACAUUUUGCUGUCAGCCAAUGGCAUAAUCAAGAUCUGUGACUUUGGGGUGUCUCGCAUGUUUAGCACAGACCAAACACUAGACCUCAGCAAUGAGAUGGGCACUGUUUGGUACCAGGCCCCAGAAAUGCUGAUGGAAUCAACAAAAUAUGAUGCUACUGUAGACAUUUGGUCAGUCGGCAUUUUGUUCACGGAAUUGAUCGACAAGAUGCCUCUUGUAGCUGAAGAUACAAUUAUCAGUCAGUUAUAUGGCAUUACAAAAAAAUUGGGAUGUGAGAACUGCGACUUGAUAGUUGUAGACAAGUACUUACGCAAACACGGUUUUAGCCUUAAUUUAGAGGCUAGCUAUGCACCAUUGUCUCAAUCUUACAUAGUCUCAAAAACUGCCAUGGCUCUUCGAAAAGUGUAUGCCUAUUGGCCAAUAUACCUGGUAGAAAUAGUGACAUAUUGUCUGCAGUUUAACCCAGUUAACCGCAAGAAAGCUGCACAGUUACUGGACAUGAAGUUUUUCACAGCCGGAACAUUUUUGUCACGCUUUAAUAAGGAGAUUAAAAUCAAACUUAAAAACGACAAUGCAAGAUACCAAUAAAGGAAAUAACCAUUUAUCGUUGUACAACGA